GGAUUCUCACUAGAUGCCAUAUGGGUCUCCCUGUAAAGCAAAAUUUGCAGACAUUUUUAUACCUCUAUCCUUACAUAUUCAUCCACCUCAGACAAAUCGAGCAACUUAACGUUUCAAACGCUCAAAUCUGGCUCCGGACGUAUUGAAACGGCUAUUCCCACCUCGUUCAACCCGAAGGUCGUCAAAAUUACUCCUGCCCUUAACCAGGAUUAGGUUGUCAUAUCGUGGUAUGGAUCUGAACCUGAACCCAUUCAGGGUAUGCUCCGGGCUCAAGUUCCUCGGAUAUUUCAUGAUCUUCCUCGUAUUUUCUAUAAUUGCUGUCUCCUAUUACGCUGUCGUCGUCCUUACCUGGGGUCCACACCUCCUCGACGGUGGUGCAAACUCCUUCUUGUCUUUCACAAUCAUUGCUGUUUUUCAUCUCCUGCUUGUAUUGUUAACAUGGAGUUAUUUUAUGGCUGUCCUUCGGGACCCUGGUGCUGUUCCUGCCAACUGGAAAAUGUCAUCAGAGCAAACUAUAGAAGGAAAUUUGAUGAUAAGUUAUGAUUCUAUAGCACUAGCUGAUUCAACCACCAUGCCAUCCUCUUCAGAUGGUACAGAAAGAAGACCAGAAAUAGGCUAUUGUAGUCAAUGCCAAAAUAGGAAACCACCACGCUGUCACCAUUGCUCUGUCUGCCAACGAUGUGUUCUUAAGAUGGAUCACCACUGCAUAUGGGUUGUGAAUUGUGUUGGGGCUUGCAACUACAAGUUCUUUCUCCUUUUUGUGCUUUAUACUUUUCUGGAGACAACGAUGGACACUCUUGUGCUGCUACCCAAUUUCAUAAAUUUUUUUAAGCAUGCCAGUCAUCGUUUCACUUCGCCUGGGCAACUUGCUGUCACUUUCCUAGCCUUUGUUCUGAAUUUAGCUUUUGCGCUGAGUCUUCUCUGUUUCGUAAUUAUGCAUUCAUCUCUUCUUUUGAGCAACACAACUUCAGUGGAGGUUUAUGAGAAAAAAAGAGCUGUUCGGUGGAAGUACGACUUAGGAUGGAAAACGAACUUUGAGCAGGUUUUCGGCACUAGAAAGUUAUUUUGGUUCUUCCCACUGUUUGCAAAGGAAGAUUUGGAGAAAAUGCCUGCACUACAUGGCCUAGAUUUUCCUACGCGCUCAGAUAUUGAAGCAUGAGGAAUAUUGGUCACCUUUUGUUUUUGCCCUGAAGUAUAUCUGUUAUUUCCUUUAGUGGAUAUGUAGCAUUAGUCUUCACAAUGGCCUGUUUUCUAAUUCCUGUACAUUUUAAAAUUGAUAAGAUCUUUGUUCUUGGAUGUUUGUCCUUGUAACAUGUAUAAAGUUGAAGCUUUUACAAGAAACAUAUUUAUGCACAAGGAUAUAUCUCGUUGUGAACUGAGAAACGUUGAUACUCUUAGUUUGUAAUUGAUCCCAUAAAUACUAUCCAUAUGCUAUCUUUCGAUUGUUAUUGUUCAUGAAUAUGCACAUGAUAAGAAA